AUGUGCGCCGCCAUCUUGAAGUAUGACUGCAGUCAACACAAAGUCACAGGUCAUGAGAGAAUGUGUGGCACUGACCAAGUCACCUACCCCGACCACUGCGUGUUUGCCAAAGCAAGAUGUCGGCCAUCUUCCACCAUACUGUUCAAUCACAAAGGAGCCUGUGACGUCACGCCAUCUCCAGCCAGUCACAUGACCACCAUUCCUCCAAUCACCGCAACGUGGGGCCAUGACCCAGGAUAUGACCUGAUCAAAGACGUUUUCUGUACCAACAUCGAUACCAUCGUCUGUGGGAACACUGUAGACUCCGAUCUCUGUGCCACGGACGGGAAGGUGUACACGAACCAGUAA